AAGCUGGAUCAAUUGCAACAUUGGCCUCAUCUGCCCCUGCUGUUACAUCUCCUGCAAAUACUAUGCCAACUGGCUCUGCACCAUCAUCUCCAUCACCUACUGAAACUACAUCACCAAGAUCAACAGCAUCUGCUACAGAACUUACUAGUGAAUCCAUAUCUCUUGCUACUAUAUCCACAUCCACAUCAAACACCAGAGAAGCUGGAUCAAUUGUAUCAUCAGCGACGUCUGCCUCUGUUGUUACAUCUCCUGCAAAGAUUAUGCCAACAGGCACGGCAUCAUUAUCUUCGUUGCCUAACCAGUCUGCAUCAGCAACCUCCUCAGCCUCUCCUGUUACAAUGCCUUCUGAAAAUGCAUCCCUUACUCUGUUAUCAACGUCCAUGUCAAAAUCCACAGAAGUUGGAUCAAUUGCACCAUCAGCCACAUAUGCCCCAGCUGCUACAAUGACUACCUACCUGAUCCCAACAGGCCCUGUGUCACCAUCUUCAUCCCCUAGCCAAACUGAAUCUCUUCGACCAACAUCUUCAACAUCUGCCCUACCUGCUAGUACUACUGGACACAUUGUCCCCACAGGCUCUGCAUCGUUUUCUUCAUUGGCCAGCCAAAAUGUUUCACUAAUCUCUUCAGCCUCACCUGUAUCGAGGACCACUGAAUCCAUAACUAUUGUUUUCGGCUCAAUAUCUCCAUCUAACGCCACAGCAACUAGACUAACGGUAAUUUCAAUGACACCUGCAGCAUCUGCUACAAAUUUUGAACAGAGUGUACCACCAGGCUCUACAUCAUCAACUUCAUCCCUGAAACAAACUGCAUCAGCACACUCUUCAGCCUCUUCUGUCCCACUGAUGAGUGAAUCUGAAACCCUUGCCACCAUAUCAACAUCCAUGUCAGAAACAACAGAAGCUGCGUCAGUUGCAACAUCAAGGACAUCUGCCACAGCUGCUACAUCUCCUGCACACAUUGUACCAUUAGUCUCUGUAUCAUCAACUUUAUUACCUAGCCAGUCUGAAUUAACAACCACUUCAGUCACUCCUGCUGCACUGACAAGUUUAUUGGUAACCUAUGCCACCAUAUUGAAGUCCACAUCAAAUAUUACAGCCGCUGCAUCAGCUGCAACAUCAGUGAUAUCUCGCCCAGCUGCUACAACUACUAAAUACCUUAUAUCACCAAGCUCUGUAUCAUCAUCACCUAGCCAGACUUUAUCACUCAGCACCUCAACCCCUCCUACCUUAUUGAUCAAUGAAUCCAUAACCAGUGUCUCCGGCUCAACAUUUGCAUCUAAACCUGCUGCAGCUGAAUUAAAUGCAACAUCAUUUACAUCUGCACCAUCUACUACAACUACUGCACACAUUUUCCCAACAGGCUCAACAUUGUCAUCUUCAUCCCCUAGCCAAACUGUAUCACCAAGAUCAUCAGCUUCUGCUUCAACACUGACAAAUGAGUCCGUAACCCAUGCUAGAGUCUCGACAUCUAUAAUUAAGACUCCAACAAUUGGAUCAGCUGCAAAAUCAACAACAUCAACGCCAGCUGCUUCACCUACUGCACACAUUAUCCCACCCCCAGUCUCUAAGGCCAAAGUACCCAAAUCAAAUACAACAUCACUUUCCCCUGCUGUAGGUGCUACAGCUGUAGGAAAUAUUACUUCAUCAGUUCCUGCAUCCACAUCUUCAACAACUUCUCCUCCUGACUCAGCAAGCUCCUCCCAGUCUCCAGUACCUCCAAAUAUUACAACAUCACGGUCACCAACAGUGGCCGGAUAUAAUAUUUCAUCACUUACUUCAAGAUUUGUCCAACUUGGAAAUACGAAUAGACCUGAUUCUCCUACUUUAGGCCCCAUAUCUUUUAAUAGACCUUACUCUCUGUCAGCGGCAACUCCAUCACCCUCCACAAUCAUUAGGGAUGUGCUCAUAUAUGUCCAGAUUGUGUUUGUCACUCGCAUGUCAAGGCUGCCCAGUGAAAGUGAAGUUCUUAACGUCGCCAAUACUCUGCUAAGUUCAAAAGCAAGAUCUGAAAUUAUAACACUGAUUAAUCCAAGAAGCCUUCAGAACAUCACAUAUCAAAAAAUCUCAGACACUUCAUUCGGAAUCAACUUGACCUACUUGAUGAAUAAUGUCAAAAUUGAUAAAAGAAUCUCGUUGACAAAUAAGACUUACAGUCAGAUCCAGGAAGACAUAAACAAGUUGAUGAAGCUUAUUCUCACUGACCCCUUAUCCAAUUCUAAUGUCAACUUUCCAAAUGCGACCUUUAAUGAUAAUAGUAGUUGGAUCAUUGCAUAUGAGACCUACACUUUUCACAUGGAGGACAUUAACCAUCCAAGCAAAUUUUUGAAUGCGAUCAUGAAACUCAUUGGUUUAGUAACUACUCCUCCCCCUACCACUACUGCUCCCGGCCUCCUUCCCAGUCUCCACAUGACCGGCCCCUCCGCUGGUACCACGGCUGGGGUGGGAAGUCAGAGAUUUCCAACCUGGGCUUUGGCCAUCAUCAUCCCGUGUGCCAUAGCCAUCAUCCUCAUUCCCUUAUGGAUUCUGCUAUGUUGCCUCCUGUUCGGUUGCUGCGCAGCCAUCAAGAAGCGUCUCAGCAGACGGAGGUCCUACCUUAUAUACAGGGCUCAUAGUGACAUCUUUUAAAAUGAAACAACACGCGGAGAGGAAGACAGACACAAAAUUUCAUGCAC